GAAUACGAAUACGAAUACGUACGAAGCACUGCAUCUGCUUCGAAUCCACUACCUCCUGCAAACGGACCGAUCGAUUUCGCAUCCCACUAAAGACACGGCACGAAGCGCGGCAUCGCAUCGCACAAGCACCCCAUACACGUACAACACACAACACACAACAAACGACACACGACACACGACACGCAUGGCAGGACCGGCGAAACCCCGAGACCCCCGGCCGCCGCUGUGGAAGGUGUGGUUCGUGGCCGCGCGGCCCCACACGCUGACCGCCAGCCUGGCGCCCAACAUUGUCGCCUACCACUCCGGGAUCGGCCUGCUGGGCAUCGGCAGCAACGCAAACGAAAACGCAAACGCAAACGAUCUCUCGGGCUGGAGGUCCCUGGUGGCGAGGUGGACCCUCUUUUGCGUCCUGAUGCAGCUCGGGACGAACCUCCACAACGACUACGCCGACUUUGUCAAGGGCGCCGACAACGACAAGCGGGUGGGCCAGGCCCGGGCCACCCAAAAGGGGUGGCUGACGCCCUUCCAGACGGCUGCGGCCUCGGGCGGGACCCUCCUCUCGGGCCUSCUGGUGGGGGCGGGCCUGGUUGGCGGCCUCGAACCCACGAGCCCCCUUGGGGAGAAGGCCUUUGCUUGGUUCGUGGUGGUCUCGAGCGUCUUCAACGCCUUUGCCUACACGGGCGGGCCCUGGCCGCUGGGCUGCCUCGGGCUCCCGAACUUUUCGCUGGGCUACUCGGGCCUCGGGGACCUCUUUGUCUUUUUGUACUUUGGYCUGGUGGCGACCCUCUUUCCGGCCUGGCUGCAAAUGGCGACCGGAACCGGAACSGCUCKKGGCUCUGGCCUCUGGGCUUCCUGGCCCCCCGCCCUGCAGGUGGCGGUCCUGGCGACGAACAUCAUCGUCGUCAACAACCUCCGGGACCGGCACACGGACGUSYUGGCCGGAAAGAAGACCCUKGCGGUCCGCUUCGGCGCCCGGUUCUGYUUGGUGGAGUACGGGGCCAACCUGGCGGUGGCCUACGGGCUGGCUUUGGUGAGGGGGCUCGCCCYUGGCGGUCCYKGCCUCUYSGGCCUGCUCCCCCUGCUCUCGCUCCCGCUGGCGUGGAAGGAGUGGAAMGCCGUCUGCGCAAAGGAGGGAAGCGCCCUGAACCAACACGUCGGGGGGGCCGCCAAGGUCCAGCUCCUCUUUUGCGUCCUCCUGGCGGUUUCCCUGCGGAAAGGGAACUGAUCUUAAAAAGGGCGCAAAGGUGCCGGUCUUUAGGCCUUUUUGUUAUCUAUUGCGCUAUACAAUG